AGAAUUUUUUAUAUAUAGCGAAAAGUACGGUGCUGGUGGUCGUGUGUGUUGUGUUCAAAUUUAGAGCUAAAUAUUUUUAAAGGAGCAAAUAAAUAACGAUAUAAAUUCUGAAAAUGGAUGUUGGCGGUGCAUUCGGUGGUGGUAAAGCAGGAGCUCCAUUCAAUCCAAUCUUAUUCGUUCAAAGACCUCAAGUUUUCCUAAGGGCAUUAUGCUGGUUAUUUGCAAUUGUUGUGUUCGGAUGCAUAUCGUCGGAAGGCUGGACUGUUAUCGACGGCAAAGAUUCUUGUCUGUACAAUGAUAAUUCGAAUGCAUGUAACUACGGUGUCGGAAUUGGUGUGAUUGCAUUCCUAGCCUCAAUGGGAUUUAUUGUCGGUGAAUAUCUGUUCGAACAAAUGUCAUCGGUUAAGACGAGAAAGCACUUCGUUCUCGGAGAUUUGGGAUUUUCAAGCUUGUGGGCAUUUUUAUAUUUUGUUGGAUUUUGCUAUCUCACCAAUCAGUGGGGAAAGGCGAAGGAACCACCAAACGGAUAUGGAGUUAAUAAUGUACAAGCUGCCAUUGUAUUCUCUCUGUUUUCAAUUGUGACCUGGGCUGGUUGCGCUUGGUUUGCAUAUCAACGUUACAAGCAAGGAGUCGAUGCUGCCUUCGCUCCUACAUAUGAAUCAGAUCCCACAGCCAAUGCAUACUCAAGUUAUCCGGUCGGUAAUGUUGAAUCUGAACAAUACAAUGAACCGCCGUUUGGCCAGCAACAACAACAGCAACGAGGUGAAUAUCCAGCACCGAAUUACUAAAAAGAUUUUACGUUAAAUUGACUGUGUCAUAAAGAAUAAUUUUGAUUCAAAAUCAUUUUGAAAUGAAAAGUUAAAAAAAUAAUUUCGGAGGGGCACAAUUAAGAUAAUAAAACAAUUGUGUUACACCGCCAUAUAAUAAUAAUAAUAAUGCCGUGAGUUUAAAGAUAAGGAACAUGAUAUGGUAAGAC